GAGGAACUCCCCUAAGAUAAUUUGCAUUCGUCCAUAACCGGUUGUCUUGGUGGUCACAAAGGAACGUUGGAACUUGAAAGUCCCCACUGCAUUUGUCUACCUUGCUUAUGAUUUGCAAGCGGGAUGGCAUACUGGACCAUAGUAACUGUGUUGGCGUGCAUUGCCGUAAUUGAUCUAUCAAACGCAAGACCGAGGUCUGAAUCCAAAAGGAUAAGAGACCAAGGCCAGCACGAUCAAAAACUUCGUGCGUCCGAAAGGAUGAGAGACCAAGACCGAUUUGAUCAAAGACUCCGUGAAUUUGAAAUGAGGAGAGACCAGAGCCCAUCCCAUCAAAAAAUCCAUGAGUUACCUUCGAUAAGAGACCAAGGUCGAUCUUAUCCAAAACCCCAUGAAUUUGAAAUGAUAAGAGACCAAGACCGUCCUGAUCAAAACCUCCAUGAGUCUGAAAUGAUGAGUGACGAAGGUCAACCUGAUCGAAAAAUCCAUGAGUUUGAAAUGAUGAGAGACCAAGGCCGACCUGAUUCAAAACUCCAUGAGUUUGAAAUGAUGAGAGACCAAGGCCGACCUGAUCCAAAACUCCAUGAGUUUGAAAUGAUGAGUGACGAAGGCCGACCUGAUCCAAAACUCCAGGAAUUAGCCUCCAUGAGAGACCAAGGUCGACCUGAUCAAAAGCAUGAGUUCGAAUCGGUGAGCGAUCCAGGCCAAGCUUAUCAAGAACUCUAUCAACUGGAUCACGAAUGGGACUGGUUAAACAGGGAGAAAAAUGAUUAUAUUCAGGAAGCACCUUUGGCUUCAAAGGAUAAUCCCGUUGCUUCUUUGCCAAAGGAUGCUACUGAAGAAGAACAAGGAGAAGACGAAAACACUGCACCAACACUAGAGGAUUGGGAAGGAGAAGAAGAAGAAGAAGAAGAAGAGAAAGCCGAUGAAGAAGAAGGAGAAGAAGAACAUAAAAUUAGCAAAAGAGUGUUAGGAAAAGUGCUUAAAAAAAUAUUGAAGAAAGCAGCCAGAAGAAGGAAUGGAAAAAGUGUGAUAAUCAAGUUCAAAGAAAAAGGCAUAUUGUUUACUGUCAAGGGAAUACUAAUAAUAGAAUUCAACGAAGGGAAAAAUGAAGAGGAAGAAGAAGAAAAUGAAGCAUCAGGUGAAGAAGAAGAAACAUCAGCUGAGGAAGAAGCAUCAGCUGAAGAAGAAACAUCAGCUGAAGAAGAAGAAGCAUCAGCUGAAGAGGAAGAAGUAUCAGGCGAAGAAGAAGAAGAAGUAUCUGGCGAAGAAGCAUCAGCUGAAGAAGAAGAAGCAUCAGCUGAGGAAGAAGAAGUAUCAGCUGAAGAAGAAGAGGCAUCAGGUGAAGAAGAAGAAGAAGUAUCUGGCGAAGAAGCAUCAGCUGAAGAAGAAGAAGCAUCAGCUGAGGAAGAAGAAGUCUCAGCUGAAGAAGAAGAGGCAUCAGGUGAAGAAGAAGAAGAAGUAUCUGGCGAAGAAGAAGCAUCAGCUGAAGAAGAAGAAGCAUCAGCUGAGGAGGAAGAAGCAUCAGCUGAGGAAGAAGAAGCAUCUGCUGAAGAAGAAGAAGCAUCAGGUGAAGAAGAAGCAUCAGCUGAAGAAGAAGCAUCAGCUGCAGAAGAAGCAUCAGCUGAGGAAGAAGAAGCAUCAGCUGAGGAGGAAGAAACAUCAGCUGAGGAAGAAGAAGCAUCUGCUGAGGAAGAAGAAGCAUCAGGUGAAGAAGAAGAAGCAUCAGCUGAGGAAGAAGCAUCAGCUGAAGAAGAAACAUCAGCUGAAGAAGAAGAAACGUCAGCUGAAGAAGAAGAAGCAUCAGGUGAAGAAGAAGAAGAAGUAUCUGGCGAAGAAGAAGCAUCAGCUAAAGAAGAAGCAUCAGCUGAGGAGGAAGAAGCAUCAGCUGAGGAAGAAGAAGUAUCAGGUGAAGAAGAAGAAGAAGAAGUAUCUGGCGAAGAAGAAGCAUCAGCUGAAGAAGAAGAAGAAGCAUCAGGUGAAGAAGAAGCAUCAGCUGAGGAAGAAGCAUCAGCUGAAGAAGAAGAAGCAUCAGCUGAGGAAGAAGAAGCAUCAGCUGAGGAAGAAGAAGCUUCAGCUGAAGAAGAAGAAGCAUCAGCUAAUGAAGAAGAAGAGGAAGUAUCAGCUGAAGGAGCUGCUUUGAACGGACACAGGCCAUUUUGA